ACAUGUGUUGCAAUCAGACUUUAGCCUUUAAUCAACUAUGGGAACAUGGCAAAUAAGCCAUUGAGUCAUUGCCACCAGCUCAGACCGCCCCUCCAUAUUACUUCAAUACACACCAGUGCAGCAUAUUUGGAUUUAUCCAUUUAACUGUGAACAUGACAGAAGACAAUGACUCCAGCACAAUGAAAAUCUUGGAUAUUGAUGACAACAUGUAUGUCAAGCCCAGAACAAGACAUGGCUUUCAAUAUUCAGUGCAUUUUCAGUGGUGGAAGAGAUCAUUCGGAGUUGCUGCGUUGUGUCUUGGAUUGCUGUGUAUUCUCCUACUGGCUGGGAUCAUAGGCAUGUGUGUCAACUACACUGGUCAGCAUUCCCGUGAUGAAAGAGACCAGCUACAAACCAGUAAUAACAACCUGAUUAAAGAGAGAGACCAGCUACAGACCAGUUAUAACAACCUGACUAAAGAGAGAGACCAGCUACAGACCAGUUAUAACAACCUGACUAAAGAGAGAGACCAGCUACAGACCAGUUAUAACAACCUGACUAAAGAGAGAGACCAGCUACAGACCAGUUAUAAUAACCUGAUUAAAGAAAGAGACCAGCAUCAGAGGGAGACAGAAAAGCUGAAAAUCAAAGGAAAUGUGGCGUUGAAUGGAGUGGCCACUCAGUCAUCACUGUAUAAAAAUCGCAACGCUUACGAUGCCAUCGAUGGGAAAAGAAACACACACUAUGAAUCCUGCACCCACACUCUGAAAGACAGAAACCCGUGGUGGAGAGUGGACCUGCUGAAUGUGUACAGAAUAACAGAUGUCACCCUCACCAACAGAGGAGACUGCUGUCCUGAGAGGCUUGAUGGUGCUGAGAUCCGCAUCGGUAACUCAUUGGAGAACAACGGCAUCAACAACUCCAGAUGUGCCGUCAUCUCCCACAUCCCAGCAGGAGAGUCCCACACCUUUCAGUGCAAUGAGAUGGAGGGUCGCUACGUUGUUGUGGUCAUCCCUGGCAGGUCGGAAUGGCUCACUCUGUGUGAGUUGGAAGUUCAUGGUACUCCUGCAGGAAAUGUGGCGUUGAAUGGACCUGUAGGAAAUGUGGCGUUGAAUGGAGUGGCCACUCAGUCAUCACUGUAUGAAAAUCGCAACGCUUACGAUGCCAUCGAUGGGAAAAGAAACACACACUAUGAAUCCUGCACCCACACUCUGAAAGACAGAAACCCGUGGUGGAGAGUGGACCUGCUGAAUGUGUACAGAAUAACAGAUGUCACCCUCACCAACAGAGGAGACUGCUGUCCUGAGAGGCUUGAUGGCGCUGAGAUCCGCAUCGGUAACUCAUUGGAGAACAACGGCAUCAACAACUCCAGAUGUGCCGUCAUCUCCCACAUCCCAGCAGGAGAGUCCCACACCUUUCAGUGCAAUGAGAUGGAGGGUCGCUACGUUGUUGUGGUCAUCCCUGGCAGGUCGGAAUGGCUCACUCUGUGUGAGUUGGAAGUUCAUGGUACUCCUGCAGGAAAUGUGGCGUUGAAUGGACCUGUAGGAAAUGUGGCGUUGAAUGGAGUGGCCACUCAGUCAUCACUGUAUGAAAAUCGCAACGCUUACGAUGCCAUCGAUGGGAAAAGAAACACACACUAUGAAUCCUGCACCCACACUCUGAAAGACAGAAACCCGUGGUGGAGAGUGGACCUGCUGAAUGUGUACAGAAUAACAGAUGUCACCCUCACCAACAGAGGAGACUGCUGUCCUGAGAGGCUUGAUGGCGCUGAGAUCCGCAUCGGUAACUCAUUGGAGAACAACGGCAUCAACAACUCCAGAUGUGCCGUCAUCUCCCACAUCCCAGCAGGAGAGUCCCACACCUUUCAGUGCAAUGAGAUGGAGGGUCGCUACGUUGUUGUGGUCAUCCCUGGCAGGUCGGAAUGGCUCACUCUGUGUGAGUUGGAAGUUCAUGGUACUCCUGCAGGAAAUGUGGCAUUGAAUGGACCUGUAGGAAAUGUGGCGUUGAAUGGAGUGGCCACUCAGUCAUCACUGUAUGAAAAUCGCAACGCUUACGAUGCCAUCGAUGGGAAAAGAAACACACACUAUGGAUCCUGCACCCACACUCUGAAAGACAGAAACCCGUGGUGGAGAGUGGACCUGCUGAAUGUGUACAGAAUAACAGAUGUCACCCUCACCAACAGAGGAGACUGCUGUCCUGAGAGGCUUGAUGGUGCUGAGAUCCGCAUCGGUAACUCAUUGGAGAACAACGGCAUCAACAACUCCAGAUGUGCCGUCAUCUCCCACAUCCCAGCAGGAGAGUCCCACACCUUCCAGUGCAAUGAGAUGGAGGGUCGCUACGUUGUUGUGGUUAUCCCUGGCAGGUCGGAAUGGCUCACUCUGUGUGAGUUGGAAGUUCAUGGUACUCCUGCAGGGAGACCCUGUCCUGAAGGAUGGCAGACAUCUGGCUCUAGCUGUUACUACACCACCACCGUGAUUAAAACCUGGGAGGAGAGCAGAAAGGACUGCAACGAGAGAGGAGCACACUUGGUGAUCAUAAACAGCAGAGAGGAACAGACAUUUAUCAAUGGAUUAUACGGACCGGGGAAUGAGACCUGGAUCGGUCUGACGAACGUUGACACUGAGGGAACCUGGAAAUGGGUGGACGACACACCACUGACCACAGCGUAUUGGAAGACUGGAAAGCCCAGCAGCUCUUUAGGGGCCGACCAGGACUGUGUGGCGUUUUUCCACCAUUCAUCAGACCCAGGGGAGUGGAACAACGAGGAAUGUCACAAGUCAACCAACUGGAUCUGUGAGAUAUUUUAAUACUCUCUGCAAUGCGAACUACAUGUAACUGCCAAAAAAAGGAAACAUUUCAGUAAAUGAGGGUGGAUCUCGUGGCUCCGUUAUGGUGUGGGGUGCAUUUCCCUGGCAUGGCUUAGGUCCACUCAACCACUUAGAGAGAACGGUAAACACCAAUAAAUACACAGCCAUUCUGAGUGACCACCUUCAACCUAUGGUGAAUCAGAUCUAUCCUGAUGGGAGUGGUCUCCUCCAGGAUGACAACGCCCCCCGUCACCGAAUGGUUUGAUGAGCAGGAAAAUGAUGUAAACCAUAUGCCAUGGCCGUCUCAGUCACCAGAUCUCAACCCAAUUGAACACUUAUGGGAGAUUCUAGAGCGACACCUGAGACAACGUUUUACACAUUUCUCCUGAAAGAAUGGUGUUCGCAGCCCUCCAAUAGAGUUCCAGACAAAUCUAUACCGAGGCUCAUUGAAGCUGUUCUGGCGGCUGGUGGCCUAACUUCCUAUUAACACAAUUGAUGUUUUCUUUAUUUUGGAAGUUAACAGUAUGUUGAUAAUAGUCUGAAUAUUGUUGAUAUAUUCUGGUAGAACGCUACUCUGAAUUACAUUUGUGAAUGAAAGGCACACACGCACGCACACACAAAUCACGUUCAGAUUUCAUAAAAUGAGGUGUAUAAUAUCAUUGAAUAUAUGCUGUAAAUCAAUUUACAUUUUUACAUGAUUUGUAUAUAUUAUACAGUUUGUCUGCUACUUGUGCUUUCAUCAUGCUGAACAUAAACAAUGUGUACUUCCUGCUUAUUCAGUAUAUAAUUGAACCUAGAUUAAAGACAUUUCCUUGUUGAAUA